CCCUCCGCCUUCCCUCCCACUCCACUGGGCCGCGAGGAAGUCGCAAGAUGGCUGAUGUCGCUUGGAAGUAAUGUUCCCCUCUGCAACAUGAAGCCGUGAGUGUGGAAGAAAGCGAGGGAGGCACCAUCGGGCUUUUAUUUUUCUUUUCUUUUAGUUACUUUUCUUUUAUUUCGUCAAACAUCCAUCUCAUUCCGCGUCGUGUCCACCCCGGACUUGUCUUCGGGAGUUGACGCGUCAAAUCACGCCGGGGACCCCUGCCAGGAGCUAACAGCUAGCCACACAGUUAGCAAAUGUUAGUUCAGCUAGCCAGUCAGCCAGACACUGAGCUUUUUUAGUUUGUUUUAAUUGUAACUCUGACACCUGCGAGCCAGCAAGCUACCGCUACACACGUGCUGAUAUAUCCCCGUCAUAGUGCAGAAUAAAUGUCAAAUACUUUAGCUGUCAGAUAGAAAUAAAGGUUUUGCAAGCUGCUCGGUUUAACAUCAUGUCCGCGAACUGGCCAUCCAGCCUGUGGGUUGCUAACUAAUGCGCAGUAUUGCAUCUGUUUCAUGUGCACAAACCAGCAGAACAGAACUGUUUUGUAGGCAUUUCACGACAAUAUCCACCACCUUCCUGCAUUUCCGUUAUUUGCUGCCAACUACAUUUUUGAAGCUGGUUAUGUUAAAGCCAAAUUAUGGGAGCAGGAAAAAUGUUGAACUUUUUCUGGUUCUAGGUAGCUACACUGGCCUUGUUGGCAUCUAACCAAAAAUCCACAGGGAUGGACACUAAACUGAGCACCCACGACCAAAACUGAGAAAUUGGGCACUUCGGUAUCUCGCUAUAAGUCACGCUAGCAGACACGCUUGUACAGCAGUGCAUGGUGACUCAUUUCACUAGUCUGGGUGACGGAUAACUUGUUUUGCAGGGUCAACUAAACUACAGUUAGUCACUACAUCGGAGACUAGUUAGCUUGCCCGAAGUGCAUAGCUAGCUACAGUCUCGCCCCACAUCUCAUUACAAACACGGCGUACAGAACGUAUUCAGAGCCCACUCCCGGCCAGACACACAGGCUCAACAACACCGUCAUGGGAGUGCAGGGUUUUCAAGAGUAUUUAGAGAAGCGGUGUCCCGGGGCCGCAGUCCCGGUGGACCUACUGAAGCUUGCCCGUACCGCGGCCCGCCAGCCCCCUCACCAUCAUCACCCACACCACCACCCACAUCACCCCGGGCCCAUGCCUCCCCCGCCCCCGCCUGCUAGGAUCCUAAUCGACGCUGACUCCGGCCUGCAGCGCCUCUACGGCGGCUACCAGACUGAUUGGGUGUGCGGGGGCGAAUGGAACGCCAUGCUAGGCUACCUGGCUGCCCUGUCACAGGCGUGCUUGUACCAGGGUGGCCUGGAACUGGUCGUGGUUUUCAACGGCACGUUGGGGAAGGAGCGCUGGCCCGAGUGGGCGCGGCGAGCCCAGAGCCAGAGACAGACGGCACAGCUGAUAGUCAACCACGUCGGCAGCAAGGCCACCCCGCCUCCACGGGCAUGGUUCCUGCCCCCGGCCUGCCUCAGCCACUGUGUUCGCCUCGCCAUGUUCCGUUUCCGAGUGCGGGUUGUACAGACUUUGGAGGACCACCACCAGGAAGUGCUGUCUCUCUACAGGGACUUUGGAUUUGCUGGCCUGAUUGCUCAGGAUUCUGAGUUUGCCCUCUGCAACGUACCCGCCUAUUUCUCCUCACAUGCGCUCAAACUGAGUUGGAAUGGCAAGAACCUGACCACACACCAGUACCUGCUGUCUGAGGCCGCCAGGCAGCUCGGGCUCAAGACACAGCACCUGCCAUGCUUUGCUGCUCUGCUGGGAAAUCAUAUUCUGCCUGAUGAGGACCUGGCUGCCUUUCACUGGAGUCUGCUGGGACCAGAGCACCCUUUGGCCUCUCUCAAGGUGCGAGCCCAUCAGUUGGUGCUGCCGCCCUGUGAGGUGGUGAUCAAAGCCGUCUCAGAGUACGUCUCCUCCAUCAAAGACCUGGGAAACCUCGACGCCAUCGCCAGAGAUGUCUUCAAACAGUCACAGUCUCGAAUGGAAGACAAGGUGGAGCGAUUCAAGAAAGCGGUGGAGUAUUUCUCAGCUGCCUCCAAACCACGCUCGCCCAACAUGGGGCCUUCCUCGUUCAUCUUACCUGGGUUUGGACCCAAUCCGUUUGGGGGACCACCUGGCCACAUGGGACCGAUGCAGCCUGGAAAGAAUCAGUUCCCUCUCCCCCAGGUUCCUGGGCUAAAGCCACCCUAUCAAAAUGCUCCAUAUGGACCUGGCUCCACCCCUCUGUUCCAGAACCCGCCGCCGCCGUCCCAGGACUGCAACGACUCACUGACAGGCAAGAUGGGCUUUUCUGAUUGGUCAGCUCCAUAUGAUUCCACUCAGGGGGGAAGUCGAUUACCCAAUCAUCACACCAGCACUCAGUCUGGUCCCUCUCCGUCUCCUUCCUCAUCAUCAGAUGGAGAUGAACCCAACGACAGCAACACAAACCAUUUGACGGACAAGCCCUCUCGAUGGGAGGAUCCUGCUGGAAGGGGGGGCUCAGCCUCUGGAGACGGUUCCCAAGGCAACGGGAGCGGGUCAAACAUUCCGUCACUGUUGUCUAUGGCGACACGGAGUCACAUGGACAUAACCACACCCCCUCUGCCUCAGGUCAGUGCUGAGGUUCUUCGUGUAGCCGAGCACAGACACAGAAGAGGACUGAUGUACCCUCAGAUUUUCCACAUAUUGACCAAGGGAGAGAUGAAGAUGCCAGUGUGUAUAGAGGAUGAGUGUAACUCUGAGCUGCCUCCUGCCUCUCUGCUGUUCCGUGCUGCCAGACAGUAUGCAUACGGCGUCCUCUUCAGCCUGGCUGAAACGCACCGCCGCCUGGAGAGGCUUGCUCUCCGCAAGAGGGCUCCCCUGGAAGUUCCUCCAGUGAUUAUCAAAGAGUGGAGCAGCGGUAAGGCCAAGUCGGCCCUGACUCCAGAGCUGGUUCCGGCCCUGUGUUUCCGGGAGUGGACGUGCCCCAACCUUCGGCGGCUGUGGCUGGGCCGUGCCAGUGAGGACCGCUCCAGGAGAACCAGGGCCUUCCUGGCCUGCCUGCGCUCUGACUGCCCAGCCCUCCUUAACCCAGCACAGGUCCCACAGCAUCUGCUGCUCAUGUGCUGCGUGCUCAGGUAUAUGAUGCAGUGGCCUGGGGGAAGGAUCCUCCAGAGACAUGAGCUAGAUGCCUUUCUGGCUCAGGCUGUUUCCAGCCAGCUCUACGAACCUGACCAGCUACAGGAGCUCAAGGUAGAGAAGGUGGAUGCCCGCGGCGUGCAGCUGGCUUCUCUCUUUAUGGCCGGCGUUGACACAGCGCUGUUCAUCAAUGAUGUGUGCGGCCAGCCGUUACCAUGGGAACACUGCUGUCCCUGGGGCUUUUUUGACGGCAAGCUGUUCCAGAGCAAACUGGCCCGGGCUGCACGCGACCGGGCUGCCCUGCUGGACAUGUGUGAGGGGCAGGAGGAGCUGGUGUCCAAGGUGGAGAAGAUGCGUCAGGCAAUCCUCGAAGGCAUCAACCUGUCCCGCCCUCCUCCUCCUCCCCCUCCUCUUCCACCUCCUGCCUUCCUCCCUCCUGCCAUGGUGCCCCCUUUCUACCCCAUGCCUCCACUCUACCCACCUCGGCCCAUGGGCGGCAUGCCCCCUCAUCAUCACCCACAUCAUCCACAUCACCCUGCACAGCACAGACCCAGAGCCUUUCCAGGCAUCCAGUCCAUCCCCCCUCAGGGAGGGAAACUGGAGAUCGCUGGCAUGGUCGUUGGCCAGUGGGCUGGGAACAAACCAGUCCGUGGGAGAGGGGGGUUCAACAUGCAGGUGGUGUCAGUGGGAGCAGGGAGAGGGAGGGGCAAAGAGAUUCCAGCAAAAGCGAGGGGAGUGAAGAAGACACCUGCCAACAGAACACAGACGUCGUCACCGCCCCCACCCAGCACUCCCCCAAAGCCCUCAGAGGAGGCGGGCUCCAUGCCAGAGGUCGCGACUCAGCAGCUGAACGGCAGCUCAGCAGCCUCCGCCAUCGGCCAGCCCUUGGAGCUGGCCCCCCUGGCCCAGCCAAUCCCGUGUGCCUUAGCCAGCAGAGACAACCAAUCAGAGGGGGUAGAAGUAGAGGCCCCCUGUUGCCUUGACGACUGCCCGUCAGACGGAGCACUACAGAAGGAGGAGUGAUGGCAUCCCUCCCAGGAUGCGCUGCUCUGAGAGAGUUCUCUGUGUUCGACUGCCUUUCCCUGUUUUUGUAGCCCCGUCUGCUAGCUGUACACAUCAUCACACGGAGCAGGAAGUGGAGUGAGGCUCCUCCUCCUCUGCCCUGCUGCUCCAUGUGAUAGGUUAAAGCAGCUAGCUGUUACUUCCUUUUUAGUUUUCUCAUGUGGUUUUACAUUGUUUUAUGAAAAGAGGUUUUCUCCAUGAGUCUGUAAGCGCCCCACCCCUCAAAAAUCCUAAACGCCUCCCUCCCGCACUCAGAGUUAAAUAAGCUUAACCCCCCCCCACCAUUACGACCCACCACUUUAAAGAGCCCCCUAGUAUGUAUGGGUAUCUGUACAGUUUGAAUUUCCUAUUUUGUGUUUUUAAUGGUCCCAUUGUUUGAAACUCUGCACACAGAUGUUAAACUUGCGGUUACGGUGACAGAUGGGAUGUGGUUUCCAUGGUUACAGCAUCUAGGCCUGGUCACCAUGGUCGGUAGUUGUGUGUUGAUGUGGUUUGUUGCCAUAGCCAUCUUGUGUGAGGUUUGUGUCUUACAUGAAUUCUGAGAGUUGUUCAGAGCUUGACUCUGGAUUUGUGCAGUGACCCUCGUCCCCCAAAGUCUGCAGGCUAGCAGCACUGCUAAACACACGGUGUUAGUAUACUUACUAGCAACAAACCCUUUUAUUGAUUGGCUUUUUAUCCACAGGAGCACUUCUGCACCACCAUGAUAUUAGCGCGCUAUCUUACUUUGACGUUUGUAGCAUAGCCUAGUGCUUAGCUGUGCUAAGAGACCCCAUGAAUUUAUGCACCUUAAACCCCAACGUAUGCAAGAUAUUACCCCGCUCCUCCAAAAGAAAGUGCAUUAUUAUAUUAUACUCCCACCCCCCCUUGUCCCUUUGUCCCAAAGCUUUGAUUGUACUAUCCCAACAGAAGCACUUAAUAUUGUAUUUAAAUAUAAUGAAUUUGAACAAGCCCCUAUACAGGUGAAUUGACAGUCUGUGAGGGGUGUCCCCCUGCGCAUAAGUAAAUCAUUAUGACUUGUAGAACUACAUUUAAAGGUAGAGAUCUAUUCGAGAGACGUCAGAAUGUGAACAGAGUGGUUUCAGACAAAGAAGCACUUUGUUUUAAAAAAUGUUGAACCACACUGGACAGUCCUCUACCAGGUGAUAAAGAAACGAAAAUCUCUGAGGCACCUUCUGGAGUUAAGGCCAAAAAGAAAAGAGAAUUGAAUUGAGUGAAAUGAAUGUUGAGGGUUUGGGUAACUGCUGCGCAGCAGAGUUCCCCACAGACCGGCCUCACGUUCAGUCGAGAACUUUGCAAUGAAGCUGUAAGGACUCCUGAUUCUCCACGUCAAGGAUUCCUAGGAAUCAGUUUAGAUUUCUACAAAGUUAUAUCCAAAGUGUAUUUUAAUAAGGCUAGCCUGCCGAGGCAGCCAGUGAUAGAAAAGGGGUGUGGCAACAAAGCCUCAAAGAUCCCUCCACCCUCUGGUGGUGAUUGAACAACACAAAGAGCUGUUGCCCCGCAGAGCUCCGGUGUGUCACUUUAGACCAGCAGGAAGCACUUCCCUGCCCUGAAGCACCUCAGCCCGACAUGGCAGAGGCUUUAUGGGUUGGAUCACAUGACAGGAGAGAGAGCGAGAGAGAGAGAGAGAGAGGCCUCAUGGCGGACCUGAGUGUACCGCUCACAAUCUGAGACUUCUAAGAGAAUGAAUUGUUUUAUUAGAGCACUUACGUUUGUAGAGAAUGAGAUGUGUCCCCCAUAGUAGAUUUCAUCUGACUACGGAAAUACAACUUACCAUUUACUGGUAGCACAACUGCAAAUGUAAAAGCAGUAAACUGACAGAUAACUGGCUGAGAGAUGCUGGCCAUGAACAUUGUAAUAAUCUCUAUAAACCUACCAAGAGAGGUCGAAAUGAGCUCACUGUGUAAAAAACAAAAGGCAAGUCAACAAGAAGCACCUUAUUUUCUUACUAUGUUGAUGACUUGUGCUCUAUCUUGUGCCACAAAAUUGACAUGGAAAAAGCUCUUCUGAAAUGCCAUUUUUGAAAGACAAAACCCUGACUAUGUAUGUAAGUGUUAAUGUAGUCACGUCAGACAUCCCCUCAGUUAUGAACUCAACCAUUAACAGUGAAAUGCCGACAGUUCACCCAGCCACGAGCGCAGGCCUACGCCCCUCGUCACGGGGCUGGGCCGUGCCGCCGUCUCUUACACCAACAGCAAAUGAAACCAGGGGUUUGGACUCGUUAGCCGCUAUUGGUAGGGUUGAGCAUACGUAUGCUGUAGGUGUUCAUAGGUUAAGAGUAGGGAACAGCGUCGGGCUUAACACAGGACUGUAAUACACAGGACACCAAGACUAGGCUAGAGAAUAUAGCUCCACUGGCCGAAAUACUAAGUCUAGAAUUACUAGGAGUCAUAUACUUAACUGCUUUCAACUUUUGACAUUAGUACAAAUAUAUGUAUCGCAACAGUACAUUGUUAGAAGAUGGCUUUUCUGCGGCGAGCCAGAGCGUGAUCUGGUAUACGAUGCCCUCUCUUGAUUCGCUCGCCUAACACACACACACACACACACACACACACACACGACAGACAGGUAUUCAGUUGCAUUUGUUACCAGCAGCAUUCUCUCUGCUUUUGUGCUGAAGUGAUUUUGUGCAGUUUCAGUUCCCAGUGGAGUGCUCGUCAGUUCAUCAGAGAUCAUUUGGUAACACAACUCUACUGACUCUUCAGAUCCCACAAGUUUGCAUGGACGGAUUCAAAAGUACAUGUUAGAAGUGUCAGGUAGGCACACAAUCAACCAUUUACACGCACACACACACGCAUUAACACACACACACACACACAGAUGCAUAGAUGUUAAACCCUGAGUUACACAGUAGCUAGUAUGGGAUAAAAAAAAGUCAACACAAUACAUGAUGUAGUGUCCCUCUCUUGUCCUUGUCUGUUUUAGUUUGAUAGAUAUUUGAUCAGUGAUUUUUAUGCUUGUUAUCCUAACCCCCCCCUCCUCCUGCUAUGACACCUUUUCUUACCCCCCCCCCCCCCCCCUUUCUCUCUGCACCCCCCAAAACUGUUCAUUCGCUUCUUUUCUCUGCCCUCCAAUCUUCCUCACAGCGUACAUGCAGCCACUUUCACAAUCACACGCACACACACCAACCAUGCCCACUGAUUUUCAUGAAAAGCAAUCACACACAAGCACACUCAGAUAUUUUACACCCCCCCCUCCCCCUCUGGAUUUCAGUUCUCUCUUUCACUCUCGCCACCCUCCCUCUCCGCCUCUCCUUUAGCCCUUAGGACCGUAUCUAUUGGCCGUUUUCUCUUUUCUCUGUGGGCUGCCCCGCCCCUUAAUCAACCCAACUAACAGUAAAGGUUAUAUUAACGUUCUGUAUGUAUCUAGCCAGAGUCUGGAAAAAAAAAAUCAGAAAAAAAAAUCAAAACGGUUUUAUUCAAUUGUGCAAAUGUGUUUUUUCUUACUAUUUUUAAUGUUAUUACAUCUUCUAAUCUAAUCCUUCUACCAUUGCUUCAGUUAGUACUGAAAUACGCUUAGCCAACCUAGAGAUUUGAACUGUAAUGAUUGCGAUUUUCCUUACCUGUAUGUUAUAUGGCAUCUUUAGACCACCGUUUAUUAUGUACGUAAGUAAAUAUUGCCCGUUUUCCGAAUUGAAAAAUCAUCGUCUGCACUAAGUAUUACGUUUCCCAUAAUAUCCCUGAUAACGAUUUCGUGGUGGACUUCUCAGUCUAAGAUGAACUCCGCGCCCUUGCACAAAGCAGCAAAAUAUCUCUUGUAAACACCUGAGAACCAAAGUACACCUAACAGCCCCCCCUUCCCCUUUAAAAGUCCCUACAGCCCCCCCGCCCCUGAUGUCGAUGGUUUCCCCCCCUCCUCGAGUAAAGUUUUCUGAUGAGUAUGAUUAUAUAUAUUUUGACAUUGCAGCACAUGUGAUUUAUCUGACAAGUCUGUGAGGUACAGGUGUUUUUUUUGUUUUGUUUUCUUAAAACACUGGCUGUUGUGGAGAUGCAGACAGACAGGGAAGAAGGAAGGAAGUGUGUUUUUGUGGAGCCAGGAGGCCGGGUCGAGGCAUUGUGGGUAAAUUCACCGUCACAUUUCCUCGCUCUCGCGCUCACAUGUAAAUUCUCCGUUGACAGAAUUUAGCUUGCGAACGAACACACAGGAAGGAAGGAAGGAAGGAUGGACACAGACAGACUUGUUUUCAGUCGUGCUGGGGUUUUGGCGCCCUCUUUUGCAGUUUUCUUUACACCUACCUGUUGUGCUCUAUCAAACUUGCCUUUAAUUUUUCUGAUUGAUAGAGAAACUUAUUGCUACGCUGAGUCUCUUCUCUAUGUGGGCACGGAGGCCGUCGAAAGUGGCAGAAUUUUCCUCAGAUCUGACAAAGUGUGGAUUUUCUUGUUCGCAUUUCACAUUACUGGAGUGCAAGCAAGAAAAAAUUGAUCUGUAAAAUGGAGAAAAUGGUUUGGGAAAAAAUCAAAAACAAAAGAAAGACUUGAAACAGUCUUUAAAUGGAUUAAAAAAAUAUUGGUCAGUCUGUAACUACAGCCUUUUUGUUGAAGAGUUUUUCGGGUUGACUGCAAAUCAGAGCUGCUGCGAUUGACAGAAAAUUAAUCUGCAACAAUUUUGAUUGUCAUUUUAAAUCCUAGAUUUUUCUUUGUCCAGUGUGAUGAUAAACUGAAUAUAUUGCAUGGUGUGAAUAAAACAAAGUUGAAUCCAGCACACCAGGCUUCAGGAAAUUGACAUUUAAAAAAAAAAGCCAAACGAAUAAUCAAAAAUGAAAAUAACUAAGUUCAUUUAUUUGACAGUAAAUUUGAUAUCUUUGGAUUGUAAGACAAAAUACGUUAUUUAAGGGCAUCACUUUGCAGCACUGAAAACUUGAAUAUUAUUCAAGUUUUCAAAUAUUUUUCAUUAUUUCUUGACAUGUUACAGUCAAAACUGUUAAUCUGUCCUGAAAAUAAUCAUUGCGGCCUCAAACACUUGUGUUUCCGAGCUUUCUUUUGUAAUAAAUAAAAAAUCAUUUCCAGUGUCUAUAUGAAAACGAAAAAGAAAAAGCUGAGACUGACAUGAGGAAAAUUCAGCCUCUCUGUGACUGCUGAAAUAAGAGUAUCCUGUCUCACUGCCUGCACAAAGGGCUCGACGAUGUAAAGAGACCCAAAAGUCCCAGAUCGGAAAUGUACUAUGAAGUGUUGUACAUGUUAAACAGUGUUAUUGUCUGUCAUACAGAAUGUAGAAAGGCAUCAGUUGUGUUCUGAUCUAUUAGCAGGAUUCUCAGAGCAUUUUGUCCAGUUUGAAUAAAGGUCCCUAUUCUGUCUGUCUCUCUCUACACUGCCACUCCCCCCCCCCCAAGCUCCAGUAUAAUUUCUUCCCCCCAGACCCCCAUGGUUGAGUCCCAGUAAAGGGCUCAUGUUGAUCUUUGUGGGCAAGUUGGUCAAUCACGCCCUAAACCCACAUGUGUACCCCCUACAUGUACUUCAGUACCCAGGGCCACCCCCAAACUACCUGUGCAGCGAAAAGGGUUCAAAUUUAUCCAUAAUAUUAUAGAAAUAUUAUCAUCAUCAUUAUUGCUGUUAAAAUUAUGGUUGGUAUAAUUUGUCAUCAUUGUUAGCAUUAUGGAAGCACCAGACUGUUUGUGGAAAGACGAGAAAAAGAAAGCUUUUUUUUUUGUUUUAUUUUGUUUUUGUUUAUUUUUUUAGGAAAAAAAUGUCUGGCUGUUGGUGGUCUGAUCUCACAGAGGGAGGGGAGGAAAGGUUCAGAAAGAGACAAAGAUGGCAGUCAUGUUUGUACUGGUUGGGAAAUGACUUACAGUGCUGAAAUAAAAUUUAUUCUUUUAGUAAAAAAA